UUUUCUCUGCGCAUGUAUUGCGCGUGUGAAGCUUAUUAAAAGGAAAGGUUUUUCUUUGCUACACAGAUCUGACAAUUUGAUGGCCAAGAGACGCGGUGAAGAAACUGUGCUACUCGACUCUCCCAGUAAGAGAAGACACUUCCCUCCCGUUUACAGUGUUGACAUGCAGCUGGAGAGCAUGGCUUCAGUGGGAGGCGUGAGUUCCCCAUCUCUACUGACUUUAUUGGGGGGUCGCUGCAGAAAAAGGCCUCUUUAUUUUGACAACGAAGAAGCAUAUUCUUGUCCAACGAUUUCGCCCCCGGGCUCUGGGAAGCACGCAAAGGAUGUUUUCAACACUCCGUGUUCAGGAAGCGUCCAGGGCGGCCGCAGGUCCUGCGCACUUGCAAGAAAUAAGCGGCCGCGAGAGAACAGCGUCGGUUCAGACUCCGUUCAUGCAACAGAUAAAACAGCUGAUGAAGAUGGCACUUAUAACUCUUUUCAGUACUGGAGGGUCCCCUUACCUGAACUUGACCUUUCACUGCUAGAAGAGUCUAGUGACCGUUACCCAAAAAAAGACAAGUCCAAAGAGAAUGACACAACUGCAGAUGCAAUGGAGACCUGAAGAUGAUGAACACUUGAUGUGUUUUAUUACCUGACCAAACAGAUCCUGUUAAUCCCAUAGACAUGUCAGAUAAUAGCGCUAAAGUGGAUGUCUUGCUGUAGGAUUUCAGUGACUUUCUGAUGUUUUGUGAAGGAGCUCUUGGUCAUUCUGAAGCUUUAUGUUCAGUGGGUUUUGUAAGACUAAGGGGAGGCUGUUCUUUAUUUACACCCCUGUCCUUUUUGCUGCCACAUCUGCCAAUUUCCAGCAGAGUCUGUGAAGUAGUGAGUUUGUCAAGUGCGAAAAGGAGCUGAUUACUAUUCAGCAGAAAGAAUGUUUUGUACCGACUUUGACAACUGUUAAGUUUAAGUAAUUUUCCCAGAAUGUACUUGCAGUGUUCUGUGCAGCCUAGAAAAUUAUGGGAUUUGUUUUUAGUAUUUUUCAGAUUUUAAUGCAUAUAUUUCCCUUUAGUCUCACUUUUAUUCCUCCUUCCUUUUGCUCUUCCUCUUAGACAAUAGUGCCUGGAGGUUCUGUUUUCUGAAGACCAGUCACAGCAGAAAUAUCUGCCAUAAAGUCAUUGUGAAGUUUCGCGCUUAUGCUUAGUAACUAUCAGAAAAUGGAUGGCGAAUUCUGGAAAUAUGUACAAUUAAGACAUGAACAACAACCCUGUGUUUGUAGUUUGCUGCAAGGAAAACCUGGAUCUGGUCCCCAAAUAAACAUCUCUCAGCAGGG